CCGCUUGGCCUCCCAAAGUGUUGGGAUUACAGACGUGAGCCACUGUGCCCGGCCAAUUUCCAUUUUCAAAUGAACCUCUCUUUUUGAAUCAGUAUAGCUCUUGUUACAUUCUUAUUUAUUGAUUGGCUAGGGAUCGAUUCUUAUGGAUACCGUAGAAUUCUAUCCCAUCUUAUCUUUCAUGUCUAAAAUGCCACCAGCUGGUUGGGCAGGCACACAAGAUAGUACUUAGAUUCUUGUGAUUCCCUCUUCCCAGGGACCUCAGUUCUCGUCUAACCUUGGGUAAAUAGUCUUUAACAAAAUACUGGCUUAAAAGAGUGUAUCUUAAAAAGAUACAAAAGGCUACUAUCUAAAAGGUGAAUUCGUUUACUCAAGAUAUUAUACCUCCAGUAGCAUCAUUUUUGUUUGAGAGGUGGGCAGUUCCACUUAGAAAGAUUACAGACCAGACCCUUUGGUCCCCAGAAUGACCGACUCUGCUGCCUAACGCACACUUUCUCUGCAUUCCAAGUCCCCACUAGUUGGCUGGGCCGAAACACACGCCUCUUGGUAUUCCACGGUGGAUAACUGGGCUUCUCUCUUCGCAGGACUUAGAACUCCCCGGCGGGCAGCCUUCCCAACCUCAAGUCUGGGAAUGCCUGGGGAAGGGGCGCCUGCCCGGGUCCCGCAGGCGUCUGGCGGGCCUGGCCGGGGCACGCGGCCGCCGAGGGGGAGGUGCCCACGCCGCGUGGCGGGAACUCGAGGCCCCAUUGGCCGUGCUGGGAGGCGCCGCAGGGCCUCGUGCGCCAACGGUCCCUUGUACGCGGCGGACGGGCGCCGGCAGGAGCGGGCAGGGCGAGGCGAAGGCCGGGGAGGGAUCGAGAACGGGGUGGGAGAGCUAGGCUCGGGGGGCGAGGCCCGGGCCCGUCGGGGCGAUGGAGGAGGCGCUGCUCUCCACCCCCAUCAACCCCAACAACUUCCCUGCCAAGCUGUGGCGCCUGGUGAACAGCCCGCGCUACCGCUCUAUCCGCUGGGACGGCCGCGGCGAGGGGCUGCUCAUCGACCAGCCGCUCUUCGAGGCCGAGCUGCUCAGCCCGCCCGGGCCGGGGGGAGGCGGCGGCGGGGCUGCGGGGGCCGGGGCCGAGCCCGAGCUCUUCAAAACCACCAACUUCACCAGCUUCAUCCGCCAGCUCAACCUCUACGGCUUCCGCAAGGUGGUGCUGGGCGGGCCGGGCGCGGCGGGGCCGGGGCCGGGGCCGGGGGGCGGCGGGCCGGCAGGGGACGGGCAGCUCCAUCACUUCCACAGCCCGCACUUCCGCCGCGACCAGCCGCAGCUGCUCGUGCACCUCAAGCGCCUGACUAGCGCCAACAAGGCCAAGCUGGCGGCCGGCCUGGAGGUGCCCUGCCGCCCGCCCAACCGCUUCCAGCGGCUGCUCAUCACCUCGGCCUCCGCCUCCGCCGCCGCUGCCUCGGCGGCCGCCGCCGCCCAGUUGCAGCACCAGGAGCCGCCGCCACCCGCGGGGCCCCGGCCGGAGGCUCACGGACCAGUGGCUGUAGGACAAUUUCACCGGUCAUUUCGGCGAGAUAGUUUGUCUCCUUACUCCUAUGUAUCAACUCCGUCCCAUGACCACAGUACUUUCCCUCUGAAAGGUUUAGAUCGGACCCCAGUUCCUCACAGGAUAUGGCAGAACUCCCUUGGAAUGCACCCUGGACAAGUGGAGACAUCUCCCACAUUUUCAGAUAAAGGGGUUCCAUUUCCUGUACUCCAGAGGUUUCCAGCUGAGGUUACCUAUACGCUGCAGCCCAGCACCACAUCUGUCCAUGUUCAACAAGGUCCUCAAACAAUGGUCAGCUCCUCCCAAAAAUACAGUAACUACACACCCUCAGCACAGUACUCGCAAGCCUACUAUCCAACAGCUGUGCUACAGUGCUGUUCUCCUACCCACAUGGAUGCUCUAAGUAGUUGUGUCACUCCCACUGCCUCUUCCUAUGCACACUGCAACUACUUCCAGAAUCCUUCAAUGCAAUCCUCCUAUCCAGUUGAAUUUUUGCCUUCCAAUUGGCCCUGCAGUACUACUGAUGAAAAUAAAAAGACAGAAGUAAACCUAGAGGCUGUCUUUCAGAUAGUAGAUGAAUUGCAUUCCUCCCCUAAAUUGGAGAUGGUAAAGGUGGAGCCUGUUGAGAAUCAGUGCCCAACAUCUCAAUCUAACAGAGGCCAACACAUUCUAGCUAAUUCUAACAACAGCAAUCCAUGUUCUGCAAGUCAGGCUAGCCAGCUGGAGCCACUUACUCCUGUAGGCUCAGAUAUUAUGUCUUUUGUGGUUGGAACAGAACAAGCAAUUGCCUGCUCUCUACCACAGUCACCUGAGUACAUCUAUACCAUCCACACAGCUCAGCCUGUUGAAAAUAGCACAAUACAGGAAUCUACAGCCAUCCAGCAAGCUCAUGUCAAACUGAAGGAGCACCUAAAUCAUAAUCCAUCUCCAUCUUCAGUAGUAUUUGUGCAGGAAGGGCCACCAUUCAGCACACACCAGGUGGAUGCCAAUAUAAAAUGCCAGACCAGUUCACGUGAGAAUAUCUUGCCUUCAGAACAGAUGGGAUUCCUCAUUUCAGAAAUGGGGCCUGCUAGCAAGCCUAGCAAAGACACAGGUUUAGCCACUCCAGCCAGAUACAGAGAGCACAGAAGCAACUCACAACAAGGAAAGUCCCCUGAUCUUCAUCUGCUGGUGGACGUGGCCUGCAAGCAGGAGCACUUUCCAAAGGAGGAAGAAUUAAAAGAGUGAGGCAUGGAUGACAAAUGUGACAUUGUGCACUAGCUGUAGCUGGAGGCAGACUAGCCUUGCACGUGACAAACUGUUGGGAUUUUUUCAGUUCUGUUAAGGAAAAAAAGUAUUUUUUGUUUCGUUAAUUGAGAAUUUUGUUAAUUGAGAAUUGGGAAUUUGCUAUGUACUACAGCGGUUCAGUUCAGAUUAUCUGCCUUGACAAACUAGUGAACAUCUAGCAGCCAUGUUUUUUGGCUGCCCAGAUCCCUUUUAAAUGAAAAGUUCUGACCUUCUGUUAUAGUCAAGGAGCAUCUAAAAACUGCUCCAUCUAUGGUACUAGAGAAUAAUCUGUGUGUGUGCUGAUUUGUCGUCUUGCCACUCAAACUGUAGUCAGCACAACUUUAGUGGGGAAUUCAAUCUCUGAGAUUCAAGUCACAGUGUGAUCCUUUUAGAGGAGAUCGUGUGAGAGACAAAGGCAUGUGAGGUCACCAACAUCACAGGUCCAAAUGCAUCAGGAAUUCCAGGGAAGAAACUCUGGAGAAGAGCUAAUUUUCUAAGUGAUUAACCAGGAAAUUCUCUUACUUCCUAACCUAGCAUUCUGUUUUAAGAGCAAGGCAUCCGGACUUGGACCAUCUAUCACACUUAACACUCCCUGAUUCUUUUAUAUUAAUGGAAGCAUUCUUCUAUUUUCAUAUCUUUCUUUCAUUUUAAUGAUACAUUAUCAUAAAUGGUAAAAAGGUUUUAUUAAUAUAUCACUUACUUAAAUGUCUUUAAAGAAAGUAUUUAACUUGCUUUAUAUAAUUGUAUUUAUAAAUGCUGAUAGAUUUAAAGGUUUUAAAGUUUUAUAUUUUUAUUAUUGCAGGAUAGAAGGAUAAAGGAUGCAUGUGUAGUAUUUUUAUUUUGAAGGGAAAAUGUACAAUGUGUGAACAAAAACAUUAAGAGAUUUAAUACACUAUUUUCUUAUUUUAGAUUUUUACAUUCAAUAAGUAUAAAUUCUCAUCUAUAUAAGGUAUUGUGUGCAAAUGUGGGGAAAAACUGAUUAGUAGUCAUUUAGCAGAAGCUAUGCCUCUGAUUUUUAAAAAAUGGUUUCGAUCUAAGCUUCUGAGAGAAUUUUGGAUAGUGGGAUAGAGGGUAACAUUUUUUUCUUAUCCCUGUUAUAGGAUUAUAGAUUUGUGCAGUAGGAUUGUGGGACUUUGUUUUAGGAGAGAAGGAUGUCUUGGAUGUCCAGUUUCUGUGGUUGAUCCCUUACUUUCUUACCCAGUGACAGCAAGAAACUUUCUGAUUUAAAGUCUUUCGAUUGACCAGAACUUUCUUAUUGGAUUCUGCUUCAGUUCUCCUAUUAAGCACUGCAGAAACAAAAGGAAAGCCUAGGAAUAUGAAACUAAUUAAAAAGGCACUUGGUGAUAUGACAUAGUACUAUGCUAGCCACUGUGGAUGUAACAGUUCAUUUCUUAUACUGCACUGUGCCUUCCCAAUGAUGUCAAACCCUAGAAAUAUUACAGAGAUCUACUUUUCUGGAAAAGGGUGAGCUCUGUGUUGAUCUGCAGUGACUCUGUUUAGAUAUUAAAGUAGAUUCUGAAAAGCGACCUAUGUGGUCCAUCUGAUUAGAUUAGAUAAUGUCUAUGUGAUGGGCAUUUAUUUAUCUUCAUUAGCAAGGUUUAAAAGAGCAAAUUAUCAAGACACCUGUAUCUUUUGGCCAGACUAUAUAAUAUUUUGUCAGAGUAUGUGAAGAGGAGACCCAAUUUCCAAAUGAAGGAACUUUGCUUUUUCUCUGUCAUGUUGAAGAGCUAAUAUACCGUGUAGAUGAUAUUUUCCCCUAAAUAUGGCUUUCUUAGCUUUAUAUAUGUUGAGAUAAUAUCUUUUGAGGAACACAUGUCAAGCAGGAACCUUGGCAUAGAUUUGGUUUCAGUUGUUUUAAGGCUUAAUUAAUGAAAUGCCUUAUUCAGCUUUCCAAACAUUUUUAUAUAUGAAUACAGCAGACCAAGGAGCUGGAUCUCCUGCUAUCCUUACAUGCCUUGUAUCUAUCAACUAAAGCUGUCAUUAAUGACUUGGGCAAAAUGGCAAGAGGUAUAAUAAAAUCUUCCUGUGAAUUAGCCAGUAGGGUCUGACACAACUAGUCAACUAACAAGGUUCCUGACUAGUACCUCAGUAUUUCAGUACCUUAAGCACUGAUAAAUUUCAAUCAGUCAACAAUAAAGUGAGUGUUCCAACUAGA